AUGUUCCCGUGGAAAAACAACAAGUUUGAAACCAAGAGAGAUUUAUUUGAAGCUCAUGACGAGCUUUUCGAGCCGUUGGUACCAACCUUUUCUAAAGGUGGUGCCAGAGUUAGAAUUGCAGCCGGAGGCUCGUCGUGCUCGUACGCAGCAGCGGAGUUGGAAGGAUAUCUGAGACCAUUAUGGGGGAUUGUUCUGUACCAGCUUGGAGGUGGUGAGUUCCAGUACUGGGAACUAUACAGAAAGGGGUUGGUCAGUGGGUGUGAUCCAAAAGGCGAUGAAUACUGGGGAGAUCCUGAAGGUUAUAGCCAGAUCUUGGUGGAUAUGGCAGCAGUAGCCUAUGCACUUUGUAGGUGUAAGGACCACUAUUGGGAUCCGUUAGAACCUCUGGACAAAACGGUGGUUAUAGAAUAUCUUCAGAACGUUAGGACCAAAGAAUUUGCCGGGAACAACUGGAAAUUCUUUAAGGUUCUUGUUGACCUUGCACUUGAGAAAGUAGGGGUUGACAUUGAAACAGUUUCAACCGAAAUAUAUUUGGAGGAUAUCGAAUCUAUGUACCUUGGAGAUGGCUGGUACGGAGAUGGUAAAGACAAGAAACAUAGAAUUGACUACUAUAAUGGGUUUGCCUUCCACUACUACGGUCUCAUCUACUAUAAGCUCAAGAAGCACGAAGAUCCCGAAAGAUGUGCACGGUAUCUCCAAAGAGCCACCGAGUUUUCCAAGCAGUAUAUUCACUGGUUUGACUCUGAAGGUGCUGCUAUUCCAUAUGGAAGAUCCUUGAACUAUAAAUUUGCAACCGUUGGAUUCUGGGGUUUGUACGCAUCAGUGUUAGACAUCAAUGAUUCACCUGCUAUUCCUUGGGGUGUUCUUAAAUACGUCUACUUGAGUCACUUCAAGUGGUGGUCGAAGCAGCCAAUCUCCAAUUACGGAAGUAAGCUCUUAACUCUUGGGUAUGCUUACCCCAAUAACUUCAUGACAGAAUUGUAUAAUUCACCGCAAUCACCUUAUUGGAGUAUGAAAGCAUUCACCGGCUUAUUAAUGGAUGAAUCACACCCCUUCUGGACAGCCACACCCCAACAACACCACCUAGACACCAAAUACAUGGACAUUAUUGGAAUGCACUUUUCUCAUCACCAAAAAAAUUCUAUUGUGUUGGUGAAUGGGCCUUGGCACGACGAGUACCAACCAGAAAAGUAUAGCAAGUUUGCCUACUCUUCAAGAUAUGGAUUCGGGGUGAUCACUAACCACCGAAGCUUCAAGUCUGCCCAUUUGGAUAAUAUGAUAGGGUUCAGUUUCAAUAAUAAAGAGUUUUGGGUUAGAGAAUAUUAUGAGGCCUGGGUGGCUGCAAAUGGAGUUAUGGUGAGUAAAUGGUCCCCAACGUAUGAUGUCACGGUGCAAUCAUAUCUUAUUCCAGGUGAUGAGUACCAUAUUCGAAUCCAUACGAUUGAGAAUGGAACAUCAAGACAAUUGUUCACCAAAGAAGGUGGUUUUGCAGUGGAUAUGAACAGCCAUAAGUGUGACGGAGAAACUGAUGAACGCAUUAGUAAGGUCACUACUGCCACCGAUUACAGUAUAAUAUGCAACAUAUUGGGUGAAAGAACAACCCUAUUGUGUAAGACUGAGCCCAAUGCCAAUCUUGUAUUCUCCAAGGCGCUUAUUCCAGAAUUACACGGUAUAAUUGCACCCAACUCCAAGGUCACUUUUGGUAGUAUUAUCAGUGCUAACCUUCUUGCAAAUGGGUCGUUUUCUAUCGAUGAUAUUAAAAACGCCGAAAAAAAGGCCAACAUUAGCUUCGAAGGUGCUUCUGGUCCUCUAAAACGGGUCUUCUGUAAUCAGUAA